UGCGAGCAGCAGCACUUGAGCACAACAUCACAGAGACAGAUUGCCUGCCCAGACAUCAUUCACAGCAACUGAAAGCAGAGGCAUUGACUUGGUAGCAGUAUCUGUUCCUACUCUCUAGUUAAUGCGCUGAGAAACACAACCAGGAUUAUACUGAACCAGCGUUGAAUAGACAGACUUUUUUGCCUGUCUGUCUCUCCAAGGACUGAAAAACUAGAAAUAAAGAGACUCAGAAAAGGGUAAGAACCUAAUGUGAACAGGAUCUCGAAGAGAAAUAAUUGCUUUAAUUUUGGAUGUCAGACCGAGCUCCACAACUGCGUAUUUAAGACAGAUUUGAAAUAAUAGGAAUCUGCUGUAUUUAUUCCUGGAAACCAGCACAUUUGUAAAAUAGCUAAGCAUUUGUAAGGUACUGUUUCAGUUUCUUGUGAGCUGUUCUUUCUCACUUGAAGGAAAAAAACAAGCACAAGUGAGAGUUGUUGGUGACUUUACAAGGACAAAUAUUGAAGCAAAGAUGUCAGAAAAGGAGGGUGAAGUUAUGGGGAUUUGCACCAGCUACCAGACAGUGAUGCCCCACUUUGUCUGCAUCAUGGAAGAGGAGUACCCCAAGCCUCUGCCACCGAUGAAGGUACCCAAAGGUCGGGGUAAAGUCCGUCGACCCAGACAGUCAAGGUUCAAGACCCAGCCUGUCACAUUUGAUGAGAUCCAAGAGGUGGAGGAAGAAGGGGCAUCCCCAACAGAUGAGGAGAAGGCAAAGAAAUCCUUCCUUAUGUCACUGGAGUGCCUACGGAGAAGCACACAGAAUCUGAGCUUGGAGAAGGGCCCCAAGGCCAGCACUGCCACAGGUCAUCACAUCAGCUGCCGAGGCAAACUACACAAUAGCCUUGAUUCAAGUGACUCAGACUCCGCACAGUGUUAAAUGUGCCUCACCGUGUCCAAGAAACCAUAACAUUGUGUGUGCUGCAGCCAAAACUGCUUCUUAAAGAUCCAUCACUUCAGCAAGCACAAAACUUGAUUUCUGCUUCAUAAUGAAGUACGAAUACUUAUUAUAUGCAUAUAUAUUUUUUGUGAAGAAUAGUACAUAAAUUUUAUAUUUUUGAAGAAGUGAUCUUUUUACAAAAUUCUAGUAGCAGUUUAUUUCAAUUUCUAGCUUUUUCUGUCUGAGAUAUUUAUUAUGUAAUUACAGCUAGAUUUCCUUGAAGAAACCUUACCAAAUGACUUGAAAAUGAAGCAGUUAGACUAUCAAGGGUUCUUUUCUUGUGUAUGCGAGUGUGUGUGUGCAUGUGUGUGUGUGUGCUCGCGCGUGCGUGUGUGAGCGUGUGUGUGUGUGUGUGUGUGUGUGUGUGUGUGUGUGUGUGUGUGUGCAUUUCACUUUGCCAAAAAUGACAUUUGAGUAUAACAACUAAAGCAGUAGGCUUUACUUCAAUACAUUACCAGUACCUUACAACCUUAAGGGAAUGUCUGACAUGUUUUUUGUUCAUUUUUACAGAUUCUGCCCAAAUAUAUUGUAUGAUUACACUGUGUAGAGUCAAAUACUGCUAAUUUGCCACACUGCUCUUCUAUUUUGUGUAUUACAAAUUAUCAAAAGCAUUAAAUUAAAUCAUUUAUAAACAGUUUUCAAUGUAUAGAUAAUAAAGAAAAAAAAUAAAAGACCAGUUUGCAGGAGGUUGUGUUACUGCAAGCAUUUCCUUUACAGAUCUGAUGCUGUAGGGCUAGCAGGAAAGAGGGUGUCUUAAAAUUGCCUGACAGUUUACAUUUGGCUGUUCUGUUAAAAACUGGAACCUAAAGUCAAGACUCCUUUAUAUGGUAAUAUUAGUUCACAUAGCUUGUUCCAACCUAUUGCUUUGUGGGAGUGCCUUUUCUAAGACAGAAGCAGUCAUACAUGUCUAUUUUCUCUGACAUUUAAUGCUCAGAUCCUUUGUGUCUACUGAUAAAGGUUGAAUGAAGCAUUUCUAAAGCAUGCUUGAGUUUCUGCUUAGUACAAAUUGUAGACACCUCUGCAAACAUAGGGCAACUAACACAUAUACUCUGCAACUGCAGGACUGUACAUUUGCAAAGUAACUUGCUCAUUUAUUUUGGAUUCACUGGCAAUGAAAGGCACAGUGACGUAUGUGUUCCCUCAUUCAAGGUUGUGCCUCCUAGAAUUCUGCAAUAAGUUUAUAGGUAAUACUCUGACAUAGGUUACUGUAAUGUGCACCAGAAUAGAUUUUAAAGAGCAAAAUCAGCUUACUGUGACCGUAUUUCUUUUAAUAUCACUGAAUUUUCUUUAAAGUGAAUUUCUUGUUGCUUUUAAUAGGGUUCCUUUACAUCUUUAAUGAACAAACAAAGGAGGUGUAAUGAUUACCAAGCUAGGCUCUUUGUUUCUCAUUCCCUGCCUGCUGUUUUGCAUUCUUCCUCUAGGUGAGGAAUGCUCUUUAUAUGCAAUACAAUUAUGUGUAAUACAAUCACAUGUUCCCUUCCUAAAGUAUCAUGAGUCCCCAGACUGUCUUGCUGUUUCUUCACAGUUCAGGAAGGAUACAGUGGGUGUUGAUCAAGGAAUGCGUUUCCUGCAAAAACAUAAGUGUGGUGACCUCUUUCCAUUUUAUAAAAUGAAAACUCAAGACUAUAGUUGCCAGCUGUACAAGCAGUCUCUACAGGCUGUGACAAGUUGACUAGUCACUGGUCAGUACAUGUAAACUUAAAUACAACUAAAGCUAAACCACUGUGAGGACUCAGGAAGCUGCUUUGGUUCCUAUAAACAACCCUUGCAUUGUCUGUUAAUUUUACAGAUGUUAACUUACAUCCACAAAUACAGCUUUGAUAUCAGUCUCCAGUCUUUUAUCUUGUCAUAUUUGUAAUGUCCUCUUCUCACACUUAAUAUUUAUAUUGUUGAUUAACAUUUGUUUGUAUUAGUGUUUACAUUUAGGCAGUCAAAUAAAUUUUGAAUUUGAAUUUAAAAUACA